AUGUCGACUGACUCUGCCUCGACGACUCAGGAGGAUGAGAGUCCCCUUGACACUAAGUCGGUUUCCUGUGGACAAACUGGUCAUCUCCGUGCCCUUGAUAGGCUUCUACGUCCUGCCUCGCCAACCUCGGAGAUUUGGGACACCGAAACUCAAUACAACGGCGCAGGACGUCGCGAUGAACAGGCGCAAGGCGAGAUUGCAGAGUCACCUACAGCAGAGGCACAUCCGGUGCUCGCACCUAGCCAUCUUCAUGACUCUUCCUCCUGCAGCGACGGGAAGGAGAAUCGUCCUCCUGGACUUGUAUUUCAGGUCGCCGUAUCCGACACUUGCCAUCGAGUAGAGGCCAACGGAUCCAUCGAUAGCGGACAAGACGAACAAAUUGAACUGAAGUUCGGCUUCCCUCUUCGCAAGCCUGUUCAAAUCACCUUGAGGAUGCAUGGCUUCGAUCGCCUGAGCAAAGAUGGCAAGCUCCUAGGCAAAGGCACAAGAGGCAGCGCGCUCAGAAAUUUCGAAGGAGCAGGCGACCGGCCGUGGAAGAGUGUUGAAUUUGAGUAUCUUUACCAGCCUUAG